AUGGCCACAGACGUUUUGGAAUACAGUGAUAUUCAUCUUCUUGUGAGAGGAGCUUUGGUGCGUAGCUUUGUUUGCCAUUUUACAUGGGGGCUUAUCAUCGCACGUGUAUCGAUCAUGAUCGUGAUCGUGGAAGAACACAGUUUCAUGAGACUGUUCAUGAAACUGUGUUCUUAUAAUAAUAUUAUAGCAAUUCUUGCAUAAUUUAGCUUAAAAAUAGAAAUAUCCUAGCGUUAUGUCGAGGUCACUCGUCAGAACAUAUGUUGUAAGUUCUUCAAGUUUCCAAGUCAUCCAUCUCAAAGGAAACCAAUCUUCCUUCAGAAAAAUAACAAUUAUUGAAUGAGGCAGAGUAGGAUUUGGAGAAUUAUGCAGAUCGAGGGGGAUCCUCGACCUUCAAACUCGGUGGAUAACAUCGUCCUCUAUCUAAAAAUUCUUCACAUCCUACUGUUUUGUAUUUCUUCCGUUCAGUUUUAGUUAGAAAUUCAGCCAUUUCGUCUUUGGAUAGCCGUGAAUGCCAUUUUCUUUCUAAGUUCACUUGGGAGUAACAGCUAGUUUACCACCUGGAAUCGAGAUAUGUAAUAAUUUUAUUUAUACCAUCAAAUCAAAGGUACCGUAAAAUUCUGAAAAUGAGCCCCUCCUUGUAUAAGCCCCUGCAAAUAUAAGCCCCCCAAACUCGUAAUGCAAAAAAACCCUCCGUUAAAUAGCCCCUCCAAAUACAAGCCCCCCGGGGGCUUGUACUUGGAAAUUGCCCUCAAAUACAAAGUAAAACAAAGCAAAAACAGUAAAUUUCCUUCCAACUAUAAGGCUAGCCCAAUCAAUUUUGAAACGCAAAUUUCCCUCCAUCUGAAUAUAAGCCCCUCCAAAAAUAAGCCCCUCAAAAAGGGCCUUUGAAAAAUAUAAGCCCCGGGACUUAUUUUUGGAAUUUUAUGGUAUAUUUCUAGCAUCUUCUUAAUAUGGUACGCGCAAGUUGAUUAUGUAGAUUUAGGCAGGGGAUUGGAGCCAAUCAGAAAUGGUGAAAUAUUUGAAUUAACAAUAAAUAAACUUAAAAUAAAAUCCUGCACGGAUGGCGAAGAUGGCUGGAAUCUGACCCUCAAAUUUUUGCCGGGCCCUUUCUAAAAAUGAUUUCAAAAGGGUUCAUUUAUUGUCUGCACCCUUGCGGAUUUGGUCUGAACGGUCAAAAUUUUGUUGGCUCCUUUGAAGAUAACAUCUGAACACCUUGUCAGAAAACCUGCCAUCCUUGGUGGGGGGGUGGGGGAGGUUGUGGAUAAAACGUGGAAUGUCAUGGGGUACUCCCUUAUAUAAGCCAUGUAGGUAUGUGCUGCCCCAAAGGAUAUGGUUUUGAAGCUGUUUUGGUCUAAAAAUAGGUAUAGACUUUUUUGAAUCUAGAAAUUAUUGUUGGAUCCUGUAGUAUCUGUGUCCAGUAUAGUAAAAUAUUUUAUCCUUAUUUUCCUCAACAUAAUCAUCAUCAUAACAAGUGAAGUACUCCUUUGAUUUGCAGAAUGAUGGACGUUUAAAAUUGCAUAAAGGUGGAGUUAUUUUUAAAGCAAACAAAACAGGAAAAGUAGAUCAAGCUACAGUUGCAGACAUUGAGUCGACUCAUUGGAUGAGAGUGGCACGGGGAUUUGAACUAACAGUUGCUUUGAAAAGUGGACUGCAGUUAAAGCUUGAAGGCUUCAAAGAGUCUGUAAGAUAUUGUUUCUUGUCUUAAACCAUUUUAUUUUUAUUAGUGCUUCAUAUAGCGCUGUGCACAGAUGACGUCACAAAAACGUGACCCCUCUCAUCAGACAAACAUGGGCCAUUUCUGCAAAAGGUCGCAAGAGGGCUGUAUGAAAAUGCACAGUUUGCGAUCAGUUCUGUUCACCCCUUUAACGUUUGUAGGAGUGUUGCAGUUUCGAAAUUCGAGAAAGAUCCGGGAGAGUAUAAUUUAGAACAAAUCAAAACAUAGCUGUACAAAGGAUUUAAGCAGAGCAGAAAAUGAGAGGACUUUCAAACACUGUUUCUUGAUACGCUAUUGAAGCCGGUAAAUGUUUUCAAAGAACAAGAUACCUUUCAGUCUGAAAUUCAGAUCUGAUUUUCAAGAAUUCCCAUCAAAUUCUUUUAAAGAAAAUUUGUUAUUUGCUUAGAAAUUUCUAUUUCUGUGCGCCAAAGUAGAAAGAGUCGCAGUCAUACCAGAUAUUUGAUAAGUUCAGAUUUUUGUGAAAAUCAGAGACCAUAUUAGUAUUUCAGACUGCUGGGCUAGUAUUCUGAAAACCAUUCCCACUAUCUGAGAUUUGAAUAUACUCAAGCUCGAAGAAUUCGUCCACUUCAAGGCCAUUGAACCUUUUUAAGAAUUGCUUGGCAUUUGUGAAUAAACAUUUAAUGCUUCAGGGAGGUCUCAAUGAUAAUUUUUCUGGAUAUCCUUUGAUAACUUACUCAGUGAGUCACGCUGGUGAAGUGUUAAAAACAUAGAGAUUUCACUAAGGUCGAUGAUUGAGUCUACUUCAAACCCACGGCAAUGUUUGAUAUUGCUUGAGAUUUCUAAAGUAGCAUGGUUUUAGAAGGGUUAAAUCAGAGAAUUAGUGAAAAUGGAUUAAAUAUUUCAGACUACUUCUUUAAAUACAUUUCCCGCCUGCCUGGUCACUCCAUAAACACAGAGUACUUCGCUUUCUUUCCGGAUUUCUCACAUUCAUGUAGCAACUCAGACCACUUUUUCAGGGAUCCUUGAGUUCCUGUUUAACAUUUCCCGACAAACAUGCGAAAAAACAUUGUUUUGACUCAACACUCAGGAAACCCAUAAACUAUUUUUAGAAUCGGUGUGCUGCACUAUUGUUAAUGUUUAUUUUAGGUACCAGUAGCUCAUUUCUGUGACAUUAAAAAUUGCUCCCUGAAUUAAGAGGUUCCAUUAAGGGACAGGCAUCCAGUAAAUUGAUUGGCUGCAAGACAAAUUUGUGCGGAUGUGUUUAAAAUCUCAAAUAAAAAAAAUACUACCUUUCAUUAAGUAUGCCUGGGUGUCAUAUACAGAUGCCCUUCUGCUCUAACCUGUAAUGAAAUGUCUGUGAAUAAGAUUGUAACCUUGCCCCUGCCUCUAAACACCAUAACUAUCUUGCCCUUGAAUCAAAUACUGCACCUCUCAAUACAGUCCAACCCGGCUAUUUCGAACUCGGUUAAUUCGAAGUCCCCGCUAUUUCGAAGGAAGAUCGAAUUCCCUUGAAUUUACCCUUAUGUUUUCAGUCAUUUACUAUCAGCUAUUUCGAAUUCCCCUCUAUUUCGAACUCAUCGUUCUUUCCCUACACCUUAAAUCAAUGCCGUUAUUUCGAACUUGUCAAAAACAGAGCAGGUAAAUAAGAGCACAGCUGGAAACGUAUUGCAUUUUAUUUGAGCUCGUGUUGCGUAAUUAAUGACUUAACAAUGCUUACUCACGUGCAGUGUCCCGCUAAGAAAUUCCAGCUGUGUUAUUCAAUUACAAAACAAGACGCACUGUUAGUGAACUGUUCUUCCGGCUGAAAUACUCAUUUAUGAACUCUGCUGUCUCUAUUCUGAUCAUUCGACAUUGAUUUUUAUGUAAUAAGUGUCUUUCUUCAUACUGUACUGUAUUUUUUAUGAUUCAUUGUUACUAAUUUUACGCUUCCCCGGUUAUUUCGAAACCCCGCUAUUUCAAACUUUUUACCAUUUCCCUUGGGACUUCGAAAUAGCGGGGUUUGACUGUAUCAUUGAUAUUAUGACACACCCCUUAUCAGUACAGGAAAUGUUGAAUUGAGCAGGUCUCUGAGUGGCCAUUGCAAUAUGUCAGAAUGUCAAGUAUGACUUGAUAAUUUUUAUUUGGAAAUUGUGGUGUUCUUAUUGGUAUUUCAUUAAAAGGGAAACCAGCCCUAUUAAAGUUUCUGUCCUUGAAUUUUCUUUAUUUAGGACUAUGACCAACUAUCGGCAUUUGUGAGGAAGUAUUUCAAUAUGGAAAUGGAGGAAAUUGAACUGUCCGUGAAGGGAUGGAACUGGGGAGUGGCAAAAUUCAAAGGUAAGUUGAAUGGGUGGGUAAAUAACUUUUGAUAAUCUCCUAAUUUCUUCUCAAUUGCCAGUACCUUGCAUUUUCUGCGAAACAAAAGGAAAAUUUGACUUUACAUCAAGGGUCUUUAUGGCCUCUGCCCUUUCCAGACACCUUUUCCAGGUUGAGGAAAGUGUAAAAUAAACUGGUACUGAUACUUUUUGGGCAAAGCUCAUUCCUCAUCUAUGAACAAAUUUAUGGUAAACAGCUUAGUGUGUACUAUGAGUUAUAGUUGGAAGGAACUACAACUAUAAGUUACGAAAGCUUAUAAAAUGUGCUCGCAGACAUAAUUAAAUUAUGUAUAUUAAAGGUGAAAGGUGAAGCUCUGAAAUUAUUAAUUUUGUUUGCGUCAGUAGGCAAUAAAAGUUCAAAAAUUGUGAAAAAUUGUGAUUUAUAAAUGAAUGGCUAAAAUGGCUUAACCUGUAGGGUAUAGUUUUUAAACUGUUCUUUAUGUAAAUGACUACAUCUCAGAUCUCAAACCGGUCUUGGAUGUUAUUUCAGGGUCUUCUCUUUCUUUCGAAGUUGACGAAAAGCCCGCAUUUGUUGUUCCUUUAAAAGAUGUUUCCCAGGCAACGACUGGUGAGUCUUUUCUUUAUGGUUGCAUUCACGAUGAGCAUGUUCAGUGUUAUUUUGCGAUAUAAAUUGACCCAGGCUUACUAACACUGCAGCAUAUUUGUCCUCCAGAAAGAAAAAUAUUGAGAACUGUGAACACUUUGGUUUGUUCCAUUAGGUAAAAAUGAAGUUACCCUGGAGUUCCACCAACAUGAUGAUGCUCAAAUUUGUUUAAUGGAGAUGAGAUUUUACAUUCCAGCCACAUCUGAUGGCACUUCAGAAGAUCCAGUUAAAGUAAUGUAGCAUUACAUCUAUUGUUACUAACAUGUGAACUGAAUGAUUUUAUCAUUGGUUUAAACUUUAUUUUGCCUCAUUUUUAGCUUUUAUGAUAAUAAUAUUAUGAUGAUGAAUGCAAAACAAAUAAUUGAACCCCAACAUGAAAAAAAUUAUUACUGGGCUGCCUGUGGAAGGUCUAGUUAUAAUUUCAGUUUUCAGUUGUCUACAUAGAAAAACGAACACCCAGGGAAGAGACGACUCAAGGUCUGGGCACAUUUGUUUCAUACGAUUUCCCUUUGCACAAAUAUUUUUUUGUACCUCGCCCAGUUUGUUAUGCUUCUUCUCAAUUCUGUUUGCCCAUUCAGCAAGCCCAAUAUAUUGAUGUCAGCUUAAUUACCAAGUUUCAAUAAACCUUUGAAAGUUCACAGUUUGCAUAAAGUGUCUUACCAUACAUAUCUUUUUAUGGAGAUGUAAACUAAAGCCACUGCAAAAUGAGAACUUAAAAAAGCCUAUAAUCAAUUUAUCUCAAAACAUAAUACACAUGACCAGUAUUUUCCUGAAUGUGUUUUGAAUACAAGCCAACACUGUAAAUGUUAGGGGCAAAAACAGGAUUAAUAUAGUGCUCAGUUAUUGUGCAGUGAGAUGAAUAGCUUGAACCAAAAACAAUUUCAGAGAUCGUGUACAUGUGAUCCAAAGUAAACAGCAAGUUCAUGAGCACAUAGUGCGUUUACAGUGUGUUUUGUUCAGUCUUUUUAAUACCCAAGGACUAUGGAUAAUAUUUUGAUAUUGUUUAGCUGGCACAAAAAUUCAGAGGAGUUAUAAAGCUUAUUAAUUUUCUGCCAUGAAAAAAAGUUCGUCACGGGUGAGACAAACGAUGAAUUUGAGCGAAUUUUCAAAUCAUAUUAGCAUUACGGUAAAAAAAUAUGUCAUCGAUCGUUUCAUCUAUUUACACUGUUUUUAAAAGUGUGUGCCAAUGAAAUCAACAUGCAAGCGAGAAAUCUUUAAACUCCUUUAUGUCACAAAAUAAGGAUUAAAUACCUUCACGUUGAUGAAAAAUAACAAGGGAAGAAUCAUAAAACUGAAUAUUUUUAUCUUGUGGAUUAAAAAUUAUGUAGACUGUAGACUGCAAAUUAGAUUAGUCUAUGUUAAGUCGCAGUCCAGUGAAUGAGCUCUGUGGAUCAGGAUCAGUGGGCAGUUGACUGUCUGUUUUAGUAAUCUUCUCGUUUUCAUACAAAAUACAUUAUUCCUUUCUAGUGUAAGCAGCCCAGUGGAUUCGCCUUUUGGCGAGUCUAGUUCUUUUAUACUUUAUAUUAAUUAGUUGGUACAGGAUUUGUGGUACUCCUGAUUAUUUUUAUGGAUACUGACAAUGUUUGACAUUUGUCUCUGAGUAAGUUUUUCCCUUUUCAUACAGAAUUUUCAUGAACGGGUUCUUGAGAAAGCAGACAUCAUUCAAGCAACAGGAGAUGCCAUUGUUACGCUACCUGAUGUGGCCUGCCUUACACCAAGGUACUGUUGUUCAGUUAUCUUGACAACACUGCAGACCUCCAUACUUGAUAACAUAGACCAUAAAACAUAGUGAUAGUGAUGAUGAUGAUAAUAAUAAUAAUAAUAAGAAUAAUAAUAAUAAUAGACAUUCCCAUAAAUCAAUGGACAGCUAUAUGAACAAUGGUUUUUAGCUUGUAGGGUAUUUUUAUUUAUUUUUUCUUUAUUUUUUGUGACACUUUUAUCAAAUCAUUUUUACCCAUGGUUUUUUUUUUUUGGCGCAAAUUAUAAUAUUGUGUAAUUGUUGCUACAUAUUUUAGUUGAUGCUGUGGCUGGAUACAGUUUGUCGCCCAGCCAAAGCUUUUAAUUUUUUCUCUAGGUAUCCAGACCUUGGUACUGCCAUAAUAAUAAUAAUAAUAAUAAUCGUAUAGCUAAUAUCCUGCAGAAGGUGUUUUAUGUCUGAGGGAACAAUUUAUGACAAGAGUUCCAGUACCAAUGUUUACUGUGAGAAAUAGAGGAUAAUAAUAAUAGUAAUAGUAAUAAUACAAUUUUAAUUGUCCUCUCCCUGUAUGGAGCUUUUCAGGGUUAAUGAAACAAAUAAUUUAAAUGGAAUAUAACAUGGUUAAAAAUCCCAACUGGUAGGAGGGAACCAGUCAACUAUUUUAAAAGUGUGGCCCACGAUUUGAGCUUGAGACUACCAGAACCAAAUCCAGCUAGUAGUCAGGGGGGACUUGAACUUGGGGCCUCAGAAUUACAGUGGAACCUCCUCUUUGAGACACUUCUAUUCAAGAGACACUUUCAUUCAGGGGACAGAAAAUUUGGUCCUGGAAAAACGUCCUCAUAAUCUUGUUACCUCUAUUGAAGGGACACUUCUAUACAAGGGAAAGGGACACAUUUUCUGGGUCCCAAAACCUGGGUUUGACCUCCAUUCAGGGGACACCUUAGCACUCAAAACGUAACUGACCACUACUGCACUGGUGUGAAUUCAACUUAUAAUGUCGCAGAGAUGGGUUAACGAUGAUUUUGAAUUUUUUGUAUUGUCUUUGUUGGUUAACUAUUAUCAAACCCCAGCCUGCCCUAACCUCUAUUCAGAGGACACCUCUUUUCAAGGGACACUUGCCUUGGUCCUAAGGGUGUCCUCUGAAUAGAGGUUUCACUGUACAAGUCCAGCGCUCUAUCCACUUGGCCACUGUACCUCUGUAUAGAACUGACCUCACCUUCUCUUGAUUCCUCACAUAAUCACAUAGUCAGCUUUAUCCCAAGGACACAUAUCCCAGAGAAUCUUCAGUACCUCCAUGAAGCUUCUGACCAGAUUUUGGAUCUAGUUCAUCCAGGGUUUUAUUUACUUGCUAUUUUUUAUUUGCAUACAGCUUUUUAUUUCACAUUAUGAAUGAACCCACCAUCUCCCUCUUUUUUUGUCACCCUCAAAGUUUGUUUGUCAUGUUUAGGUUCCCUUAGUUAUGUAAAGCCAAGUGCAAUAACCAUGAGCAUUGUUAAGUACUUUAAACAUUAACUGAAAUGCAUGGAGAUUGAACAAAGAAUAAUUUCUCAUUCAGAUGUCUAAUAUCAUGUCCUUUUUCCUAGGGGUCGAUAUUCAAUGAAAGUGUUUCCAUCCUUUCUUCAACUUCAUGGCAAGACUUAUGACUACAAGAUCCCUUACACAUCAGUGUUGCGGCUUUUUCUCCUCCCACACAAAGACCAAAGAUUUAUGUUUUUUGUGGUAAGGAAGUGUAUUCUAAUAAAUUUUCUUAAUAAAACAAGGUCAAAUUGUUCACUGGGGCUGUUAGGAGUGAACAGUGAUAAGUCUAAUUUAAAUUCUGUUUUUAAGUUUUUUGUAGUAAUAACUGUUCACGUCUUUACUUGUGAAAUAAUAUAUAAUGCAACAUGUGUCAAUGACACAGGAAGGUCUGAACUACCAGCUUUUGAGUCUAAGAUAGAAUACAUUGCUGCACCACUUACAUGUAUUACCUGUUGAAGCUGUUGAUGCAGAGGAGGUUAUAAGUGACGGUAAAGUGAUUCUUAAUUAUCACAGGUUAGUAUGGAUCCUCCAAUCAAACAAGGCCAGACAAGAUAUCCAUUCUUGAUUAUACAGUUUGGAAAGGAUGAAGAAUUUGAUGUAAAGCUUAACUUGUCAGAGUAAGUAAUAUUUGGGUUUAGUAUUUACCAAAUCAGUGAAUAGUAAUUUUCGUCCAUUUUGAUUGGCUCCUGUAACUUGGAAUAUCCUUAGCUAUUCACUGUUUUGCAACCGGAGCCAAGAUAGCAUCUCAUUUCAAGACAUUUUCUGAAGAUGGAAUUUGAGCGACAAAUGAAGUAGUCGUACAAAGAAAUACCAGAAAAGUGACGAACUUUGGCUUGUUGGUGUUUAUUGGUAAUUAGAAAAUUAUUUUCAUGCUGAAUUUGCAACAAAAGUCGUAACAAUCACUUGACAAAAUCCCUGAAAUGUUUGUAAAUUGUAAACAAAGUUCCCAUUAAGUGACGUUUUUAAUUUACCAAAAGUUAUUCUCUUCAUUUUUAUCCACCUAAUUUGGUAAAAUUUAAUACCAAAACAAUUAUCCCCCUCAGGGUCAGUGAACAGCAUUAGAUGAGUGUCAAGUGUUUGACAUUUUCAUUUCAUCAUGAAUUCUUUCUUUGGUCCCAUUUUACUUAGCGCGAAAAAAUUUUUGAAGAGCAGGAUUGAUCACAUUUCCGGUUCUGUAAUUUGAAUUGUGGCAUAGGUUGAUUGGUUGGAGGCUCCUUCAUGGGUGAGACAUUUCUUACUAUUAAUGUGACUGUGUGAUCAAUACAGUUAAGCCUUAAUGUGCUGCUUGUGAUGGACUGUGUGACUGCAUGAUGUGGUUCGCAAGUCCAACCCACAAAUAUCACCCUUGCUCGCCAACCAGUCCUCAGUAACUCAGAGGUUAGAGCAUCCGAUCUAGAACACGGAGGGUUGUGGGUUCAAAUCCCAUCUGGGGCUCAGAAUUUUUCUGUGUCCUCUUACGGUUGAUUCUUUACAUCUCCCUUUACUUCCUUUAUAAUAUUAAUAUAGGUGGCAUAGGUAAUUUGAAUUCCCUCAAAAAACUUCACUUGCCCAUUGGGUGAGUUAAAAAGAAAAUUUGCAAAAUUUAGCCUGAUUGCAAAAUCCACACUGCUACUCCCAGCAAUCUAAUGGCUUACCCCUUGCGGAUUUUAUUUAGGGAGGAGUUACUAGAAAAAUAUGAAGGCAAGAUAACUCAAGAAAUGACUGGUCCAAUUUAUGAGAUUGUGAGCCGGCUCAUGAAAGCUGUUAUUGGAAGAAGAAUUACAGUGCCUGGAACAUUUAAAAGGUAUCAAACAACAUUAAUUUGAUGCUUUAUAACCGUAGUUUGCAGUUAACAGUUUCACGUUACCCACCUUAAGAUUCGCGGGUGGUAGUUUGCAGCUGUCGUGUUUGUUUUCAUUCCUUUGCUCACUUCUAUCAUUUUCUGAGAAAUCCUCCUCAAAAUUAUGUUUCUAUGAAAAAGAAUUUGAUAUUAAUGAGGGAAAGAGCUCUCAAAAGACUAGUAGUAUUUCCUCUCAAACAUGGGGUCGUCAUAUUUUCUGGAACCAAAAAACUUGUGGUGUAUCAUCUGUUCAUACAUGAACCUCAAACUGCAAACCUGACGGCAAGGCACUGGUCGCAUGACUUCUUGAUGUUUGGGUUUCACAGGAAAUGGCAAAAACCUUGAUCUUAAUGUCUCUUUUAUCAUUACUAUUUGUAUGUAGUUAACCCUUUAAGCCCCAAUAUCCACAUACAAAUUCUCCAAACUGACCUCCAUACAUUUCCUUAAAGAAUUAGUUGAGAGAAUUUGAUAAAAGAUCAAAGUAUUUUCUCUUAGGUGAUCAUUUAAUUAAUUCUCAUAACCUCAUCUGGAUGUCGUUAGGAGAAAAUUGCUGUUGGUCACUAUUGGGACUUAAAAGAGUGUAAGUUUUCAGCUCAGGGCAGAUAAUUAUUGGCAAAAGUAAGAUGAUGAUAAUUUGAUUAUUGAAUUUUUUUCCUUUUGUAUUUCUAGCCAUACAGGAAACAGUUGUAUAACCUGUUCAUACAAAGCCGGAAGUGGAAUGCUGUUUCCACUGGAAAGAGGCUUCAUAUUCGUUCAUAAGCCCCCUGUACAUGUACGCUUUGAUGAGAUAUCCUCUGUGAACUUUGCUCGUGUGGCAGGGGGGGCAGGGUCCAGUCGAUCAUUUGACUUUGAGGUGGAGACUAAAUCAGGGACCACUUACGUAUUCAGUAGCAUUGAAAAGUAAGUAGACUGGAAAGGAUGUGGAAAAAUAAUAAUAAGAUUUUAAUGUGCUUGCUACCUUUGUUUAACCCAAACGUACACCUGUACAGUAAAAACUUGGAAUAAGAACCUGCAUUUUCCCCAGUUAGCCUUAACAGGUUCUUACUUAAAUGGUAAUAAGCACAAAUUGAGGCUGUUUAGGUUCUUAAAUAGGUUCUUGUUUUAAUUGUAGCUAAGAAUAUUUAGUAGUAUUCAGCUUAUUCCUUAUGAUAUAAUCUGUUUACCAAAUUAGUAUCUAUGUAGUAUAAGAAGAAGAACUGAAGCAAAGAUCACAUGAACUUUGAAGUCCUCCUUGGGGGAAAAUAAGAUACAUGUAUCUUAUUUGCCCAAGCGCACAAGAUUUUUCUUAUACAUUUUAGAAAAUAAGAACAUGUUUGAAAUUUUAGGCUCAAACGUUUCUUGUAUAGAGGGGGCUAAUUAGCAAAUUUUAGCGUAACAGGUUCUUAUUAAUCAGAUUCUUACACAUGGGUUUUUACUGUGUUUGGUUAAAAUGGUUCCUGUGAUAAGCCAUGAUUUUUCCCAUCCACGUACUGCUGGUCUUCAUUAAGCAAUGGUGUGAAUAGGGUGUGUGAUAUUCCUCAAUUCAGUGUGUGUAUGAAAUGUUGCAAUCAAUAACACAUCCAUGUCCAAUACCCUCCACUAGAUUCCAGUGGUCAAAAACUGGAGUCCACUGGAGUUUAUACUGGAAGUCUAGUCAUAAAAUGAAACUACCCUGGUAGAAGUAUAAACAAAAGGAGCUAUCAUGAGACGAACAAUUGAAUAGGCCACUUCUGAGUUCCAAAACCCUCUUUUUCAAAAUGAGGUUAAGUGCACAAGCUUUCUUGUGAAAAUGAGUUUUAUUUGCAUGAGAAUGAAAAAUGAUUUCCAUAUCAAAGGCUGAGCACCUACCCUCGUUUUGAAACAAAGGCCUGGGGGAACACGGAAAUGGCCUAUUGUUGAUCCUUAUCAUGAACAAACCAUGAAUAAUAUUCUUUAUAAUAUGAGAUACAAGACAGAACUGUUUCUUGUUCUCAAGCCUAGCAAAAACUAAAAACAUUACUUCCCCUGUAGAAGGGAGCCAAACAUGAACCACUUAAGAGAAGUGUUUUCUGUUUAGUCAAUUACAGUUCAUUUUUUGGCCUUGAGACAGCUCAAAAACAGAUUUUUUCAAAUUAAUUCACAAAUGUACACUGUUUGUAGCAUUGAAAUCAAACAAAUCAGCUCUUUUCAUAAUAUAUUUGUAAAAUACAAUCAAAGGUUUAGUACAUAAUCUGAGUGAAAAGAAGCUAACAUUUAAAGCUUACUGGUUCUGAACAUAUUUUUAGAGAGGAAUAUGGGAGGCUCUUUGAUUUUGUUAGUGGGAAGCAUCUGAGAAUCAAGAACACUGGCAAGGUAAGAGUCUUUGUUUAACUUAAUUUUGUUUUUUAGAGCUCAGCAUUAGUAACUGUCAUUGAGGUAACUAUCCACUUAGCAAUAUGUAUGCGUCUUAAAUGCUCUGUUCGCCUCUUUGAUUUUUGCAUCAGAUAGGAAAUCUGUAAACCAAUCAUGAAAGCCACAGUAGCAAAACUAAGUUCACUUCCAUUGAACUUAAUUAUUUUUGAUGUUAUUGAUAGUGUCUUCUAGUUUUGUUUUCAAGAUAUUAUCAGUUGAGCUGGUUUAAAUUAAAAAUGUGAAAAAUGUGUGAUUGUUGUUUCCUUUACUACUGUUGGAGACUGGGCCUGAUUGUAGUUGAGAUUUGAUUGACAGAUAAAUUGUACAUGUGAACACAACUGACUGUGACUUUAGGUCAUGGAAUCUUGUCUGAUUCUGACGCGAGAGUGAGGAACUGAGUUUUUUGGUUGGAGAGAAGGGAAAGGUGGACACAGGUUGUGGUUAUUUCAUCACUACCGCAGUAGACAGUCAAUCUGUAAGUUAGUUGACCAAGCCAGGUUUUUGCCCUACUGUAUUUCCGGUGUGAAAGCAUACCGCUACUAUUAAUUUCUUAUCGGAUAUUUCCCAUUAUUGUCAUUUUAAUUUUUAAUGUUCAUGUGUGGUUAAAGGUGUCAUCUAAAAAGUAUGAAGAUGAACUGAUGGCUGGUUCAGAUGAGGAUAGUCAUGAUGCUUAUCUGGAGCAGAUGAAAGCAGAGGGAGCUGAAAGAGAUGAAGAUGAUUCAGAGUCAAGUGAAGGAGGUCAGUCUGUCUACCAAAAGGGUUUUUCUCUUAGAUAUUAUGAGUAUGAUUAUGAUUAUGAUUAUUUUUGCCUUUUUUAUCAAUAGUGUCGUAAACACUGAAUGGUUGUCUGAAAAUCACUUUGUAAAAUAACUAGGAUAGUACGCGCGCUCUGAUUGGCCGAGAGGCGUAUUUGUAUGAAAGGAUGUAAACGUAGACUACGAGUAGUCCCCAUUUUUCCUCAGGGAUAGCAGAGCGAGCGAAACGCGAGCGCGCGUGAAAAUCACCCCACGCUUUGGCUUGCUUUUUUGUUUAUCCUUUUUCAAGUUAAAACUGUCAAAAAAGAGGGAAACUGGUACGAGCCACCUUAAGCAGACCACGAGCAGUGGUCCUUCUUUCCUCAGAGCCACCCGCGGUUAGCGAAAAAGUAAACGCAUGCAAAUUAAUGAUACAAAGGAGGAGAGAUUGGGGCAGAGGAAGCUUGUACCUUGUGGCUUCGUUUCUCACCCCUCGUGCGUGCUCUGAUAUGUUGUGACUCAAAAGAAAAAAAAAGAGACUGCUUGCAUUGUAAAAUCAUUGAUUCAAAAGUUAGAAACAGGACAUAUCUCAAGGCUUGUCCCAUGAAAGAAGAACUCCUCAUUAUUCGGUAAAAAAAAUAAUGAGUAUUACCAGUUUAUCAGCUCGCAAAUUAAGUGGAGCAUAGAAAGGAUGUGACACAGAACCCGCAUAAUGGAAACUGCAACGUAGGACCAACCAGGAUGAAACUUGAGCAAGUACGCAAAUACAUAUACGAAUUAUUCACUCUCUUUAUUCUACUAAAGAGCAAUUUCAGUUUGUGGACAAAACUCAGGGUAUAAAUUAAUCAGUAUUAGUCUCUUGGGGGACUUAAGUGUUGCUGUAAGACUCACCUUUUUGUUUUCUAAUGUGACAUUAUCAGAUUCUGAUGAUUCGUUUGCACCUGAAAGCGGCGCGGAGGAUCAAGAUGUUAGAGAAGAGUAAGUCUGCAGUGCCUUAAGUAAUAAUAUCAGUCUACCCCCAGUUGUUCAAAACAUGGAGGACAAUAUCCACUAUGUAAAUCACUAUCCAGUGGAUAAAGAUUAGGGAAUGCGGUGGAUUAUUUUAAGCUGGCCUGUAACAUUAAACAUAUAAUUUUAUCUAGUUAGCAAUUAUAAAGACGUUUUUAUUAUUAUUAUUAUCGUCAUUAUAAUCAUUAUUAUUGUUAUUGUGUUACCACAUCACCCUCAGCACACCAUCGUCAUCAUCAUUAUUAUCAUCGUCAUCUUCACCUUCACCAUCAAAGGAGAUUUACCUGAUGGAAAAUGGUAUCCACCCUUUGAACGGUCCUGAACACGCAGAUUCAUAUCAAAGGCUCCUUAUGAAAAACUUUAACAAGUGGCGUACAAUCUUACCAAGGAAAAAUCUUAAAUCAAACUCUGUAAAUUUUACUACAGACUUAGUAUUGUGUAGUAUGCGUGUAGCUGCUCAACUAUUUUAUAAAAUUGUUUUUUUGCAUAAGACUGCGAUUCUGCUUGGACGUAGCUCUUAGGGACGGGUAGACUUUCUCAAAGUCCUUCGCUUCUCAUUUCCGGUUCCGGUGGUUGGCCCCAGCUCGGUCGCUCGCUUUUUGCCGCAGAAAACAUAAAAAAUGUAAAAAAUCAACCGCUCGCGCUUCGCGCUCGAUCGUGAAAAAAAUUAAGCUCGACUUGAAGGCAAGUCUGAGGGACAGGGAGCGAUGCGAGGCAGCUGUUUGCAAUUGGCAGGCUAGAUUCUGUUUUAGCCUGCGUGCAGACGAUAACUAAACUCUGAUUAGUACCGUCUGCGAAGCAGCGCAGAGAUCCUUGUUCUGGACCCCCAACCGACUCAACGAAUUACCGGAAGUGCGUUUCGAAUUUCCCUUCAACCUGAUUGACUAUUAUCAGUCUUGCGACAAACAAAACAAAGGUCUUUUUUAACUGGCCAAUCGUGGUGCGUACUCAAAUCUGGGUACACAGCUGGAAGUCCAGAACAAGGAUUUCGGCGCUGUUUCGCAGACGGAGUUAACCACAGUUUAAUUUCGUCUGCGCGCAGGCUAGAUUCUGUUUCUGAUACCUGGCCACCCAGACUUCAAUCUUUAAGUCGCAUUAAAGGGAAGGAAAUCUAAUGCGCCAAACAAUUCGAAUCUUCAACAACUCCCUGGGUAACCCCCCCCCCCGGGCAAAGUGAGUCGGGCUUAUAUCAUCUACCAAUGAUAAUAUACCUUGUAUUAAAAAAGGGAGUGAAUUAGGGUCAUGGUAACAAAAUUUCAUACCUUUACCUUUCAAAUCAUGUUCGAACAAGCCAAACUCUUUCAUCCAACUAUGUAAAAGAUCGCAGUAUGGAACUACGUUGUCAGACCCCGGAUCGUAAAAAGAAGUUAAAGUUGACACUUGCGGUUCUAAUUCCCCAUCCUACCUAAGCAAGAGUCAAAUUCCCUCCUCACCGAGCAUAGUACGUGCCCGGGGUUUCCCUGGGGGGUAUGUUGAAGUUUUGAAUUGACUGGCGCGUAAAUUUUAAAAAAGAUAAAUUAUGAGUCUCAAAGAUCGAUCUAGGUUUGUUGUGUAAAUUAAUAGACUGUGUUUGGUGGCAUCUUAUCACCAGGUUUGAGAGCAACCCAUCGUCUUCUGAGAGCGGAUCUGGAUCCGACGAAGAAGGCAAAUCAAAGCCAAAAGAAAAGGAGAAGAAGAAGAAAUCACCUGAAAAGAAAAGGAAAGCUGCUGAACCAAGCACCAGCAAGUCACCGAAAAAGAAAGCCAAGGUUGCGGUAUGUCUUAACAGCAACAGAAAUUAUCAAUUUAUCAGUCAGUCAAACCUCAUCUCAUUCAUUACAGUAAUUUCCUUUCCACAAAGCACAGUCUAGAACUAACUCCUAUGCCUAGAUACAAUAUAAAAGCCUCAUGACAAAUAUCAUGGUUGUUCACCUUUACUUGGGCAAUGAAUUCAAUGAAAGGAGUUGUGCAUUGAAAAUCUAGUUUUGCUGAAUUUUAGCAAAGAAACAAAAGCUGUUCACCUUUUGGAUUCAAGAAUUCGGACUCACAAAAUACACACGACGAGAAAAGCUAUUAAAGCGAAGUCGGCGAUAUAAUUUACAAAACGUGCGAAUGCAGCAAAGGGCAGACCCCAUCCACAGGUAUCCGGAUAUUUCUUAAUCCGCGCUUUUUUUUCCGCAUUCUUAAAUUUCCACAUCCACACGUAUCCGUUUUCAAAUCGAAUUUGCCCGUCCACACGUAUCCGACACGUAUCCGGAUUCAUUCUAGUACCCAGGACUCCUCUGGGAUUUGGUAACAGAGCAUGCGUCGUAAAAACGGGUAAGAGAGAGAACUUGGGAGCAAGGUUGUCAUGUUGAAUACAGUAUUCACGGUAAAGAACUGAGCUCGAUCUUGUUACGUCACCGGAUAAAAAAUAUUCGGAUUUAGCGUUCACACGAUUGCGGAUUCAUAGCGUAUUCAAAAAUUUCCACUCUGGAGAGCGGAUUCAAAAAGUUGCGGAUUAAAAAAAUAUAAGGACACGUGUUGACGGGGCCUAAGAAUGGUUCUGUUCUCAAGAUCAAAAGUAUUCACGCACGAGUGAGGAAUGUGUUAAAAGCGUGCAUUUUACAACGUUGAAGAACGCAUUUUUGACAUUGGUUGCUCUUCAUCUUUUAUUACUUGGACCUCUUUCGGAAGUCGCAAGAGUAUUUUGGCCAUGAAAAAAUCGGGAAAAAGAGCUCAGGUGUGGUAUAUAAUCAUGAUAUUUAAGUACAAGUAUAAUUAUUCUCGCCCGAAUAAAGUUAGGUGGUGUCAAAAACUAUCGCGUGUGUAAAACUGGAAAUAUCUUGUAUUCAAAUUACAGCUAUCAAGUUGCUUUGUGCAGUACUCAUUGUUUACUGUGUUGUACGAGGCUUUCAAACGUUUGUGGCAGCGGAUCAUUCCAUUUAUUACUUAUAUGAAAACGACUCACUAAAACUGCCAGGUUGUUUAAUGCACAGACUGAAGGUUGGGCAGUGGCUGUCAAGUAGCACUUAAUAGGGAGCUUGAGCAACGACGAUCGAUCGUAAAAAAAGAUUAAUUUGCGUUUUUGCAAACUUUAUUGCGUAUAUUUGGACUCUUUCAGUAUGUGAAAUGUACGCGAGUUCUCCUGGAAUUGAAUUCUUAAGGACUUUAUUCAGGUUUAAAAAGAGAAAGGAAAAUUAUUCUUCGUAUGUUCACGUCCUUCGUAAAACGUCGCAUUAGGAGGUUUCAGGUCAUAGUCAAGCAGUGGACAUCAAGGAAAUGUACUAAAAACCGUGAUGCUCGUGCAGAACUGUUGUUUUGUUCAUAAAACCAAUUGUUUUUCGACGUUUUUGUUGUCGUCGUCAUGGUUGCUUAAGUUACCUAACUUGCUAUAGUGCACUCUGCUCCGUCUUUCCCGUGUUUGUGUAUAGUUUAAUUCAUGUAGUUUCUUUUUAAAACAGUCUCACAAUUUAGCCUGAGAGCAGGCUCACAUGUUUGGCGUUUCUUUCCGCUAGUCGCAGGGGCGGAUCCAGGAUUUUUUUAGGAGGGGGUGCACUCGUCUCUUGCUCUACUUCAACACCAAUAAACCACAUAGUUUUUUUUUUGCAGAAUACCAGUUGUAUUAGAAAACCGCAGGUCAUCUCGGGGGGGGCGCACCCCUGCACCGUCCCCCUAGAUCCGCCCCUGAGUCGAGCAACGCAGAAGCCAACGCGACGUCCAACCAUGAAAGCAUCGCUUAGCCUGCGUGGACGUGUGUCAGGCGUUAAAAGGGAAAGAGGAAGGGGCGCGCGAGAGCACGAGGCCGGGCGUGCAAAGAGGGGAAAAAUAGGACCUCCUCGCGCUCUCGCGUUUGAAUUCCUUCUUCCAGUUUUCCUUUGAACGCCUGAUACGCAGGCUUGGCGGCGCGAAACCCAAACACAGUAGCUCACCCGCAGGCUACAGUUACUUUAAACUGGAGCUCACCUCAAAGGUGUAACUAUGUUUUUUUUUCUGACUUUGCUGGCUGUAUGCUUUCCUAGGCAGAGAAACCCGAAGGCAAGAGGAAAAAGAAGACCAAGAAGGAUGCAAACGCUCCUAAGCGAUCGCUAUCGGCGUACAUGCUGUGGCUGAACGAAGCUCGAGCACAAAUUAAGCAAGAACACCCUGGCAUCUCGGUCACUGAGCUAUCCAAGGUUGCAGGGGAAAAGUGGAAAAAACUGGAAGAUAAAACGGUGAGUCGAUAAGUCAUCAUUCAUUUACUUCUGUACUCAUUUAACCGCCGCUGGUUUCUUCGCUUUACAGUGUGCUCAGGUCCCAAGUUAUAGGUAUUGCUUCGUGUGGUCCUUGUCCAAGGUUUAUUUGUUUGGUAAGAUUUGUGUAAAAUAGAAUGAAAUUGUUGUAUGUAUAAUAAAUGUAUGGGGCUGUGUAGAAAUCUUACUUGAAGGUUUUCGUAAACGCUUCUCGAGAAGCAAUCUCGUUCCCAGAGGCUGCGAUCCUUUUGGUCAGCACCAAGGAUCACUGAAUAAGGGUAACGCAGACUCUGGGACGAGGUUGUUCGAGUAGCGGAGAGUGUUCUCCACUUGUGCAUUUCCCAUAAUACUCCUUGUCCCCCCCCCCCUCCCUCCCUCUUAAAGUUUUGUGUAAUUUAUUGUCUUCAAUUUCUCUUGGGGCGACUGUAAUACCCAGGAGGAAUUAAAAAGUAAUGUAGACGGAGGGCUCUCGCUUUCCUCUGGACAAGUUAAUGUUUCGGAAAACGCUGACGUCAUAGCUACUCGGAAUAGAUGAGCAUAUAGCCUGGAACGAAAACUUACCUUACGAAUGAAAGGUCCAACUGAAAACGAUGCGAAUACGCAAGGAACUUUCGAUGGUGAGGAGAGGGCGUUAAUGUUAACUCGAAAACGAAGGUGUUCGGAAACACAUUAGAGUAGACUGGGACUCCAUUGUUAAGCUGGGUCAAUAAAGGUCAUUCCCCACUAAAAGGUUACUGCUUACUGCAGAUUUGAAAACAGUUCAGCGUAAGCGAACAGAAUGUGUUGGCUACUCAGUAGACCUGCUUUGAAUGUUUACGCUUUCUUUUUCAAUAUAUCUUUUCUUUUCUGCCUUGUUCAGAAAUGGCAAGAACAAGCGAAAAAAGACAAGUUGAAAUACGACGAGGCGAUGAAAGCUUACAAGGAGAGCAAAGCGAAUGAACCGAAAGAGAGCCCUGAAGAAUCCAAACCCAAGAAGAAGAAAGGCUCAGUUAAGGAGUUCUUUGGAAAGAAAGAAGACAAAAAGAAAAGCUCGCCUCGUAAAUCGGGUGGCGGCGAAUCACAGAAGUUUAAGAGUGCGGAGUUUGUGGAUACAGACGAAAGCUCUUCAGAAGAAGAAGAAAAGGUAAGCUAUGAUCUUUUCCCAUCAAUUUUUUGUGGUGGUUGUUGUUGUGUGUGUGUGUGUAUACCCAAAUGGCCUUGUUUUUUUAUGAUAUUAUGGCCAAACAGAUUGGGAGAAAAGUGCGUUGUAAAUUCAGCUAAGAAAAAGGAUACGAAAUUUGGUUUUCGCCAUUGUGUGCGGAGAGUAGGUUGGUCUUACCUUUUAGUUUGAUCACGACUACGUUGUUGCAAAAGAAGCCUUAUGGUUUACCCUUUAACGUGAGUUUUUUGCACUUUUGGAGGAGCUAAAUGCCAUUUUUCGGUCUGUAUUUCCUGUACGGUAACCGUUGAAACUGGAAGGUCCAUAUGGGUCUUCUGUAUCCCGUAAAGUUUUCUCCUGCUUUCCCCAUUAUUAGCAGACGAAACUUUGACUUCUCAGAUUAUGUUUUGUUUGUAACUUGAAACGGCAGUCUAGUUCGUUUUGUUAACAUUACCAAUUACACUUCCUUAUGGGUUAUGUAACGUAACGUCAACGAAGAAAUUACUGGUCAACGACAAAAUCGCAGCUUCUCGUCCUACAAAUAAACUUCCCGAGCAUUAUAUCAAAAGUUACAAACAACAGAAAUAUGAACUUUGAUGGAAUGUUAGGCGAACAAGUUUUCAAAAAGCGCUAUUGAAACUGAUCCAUUUUUGAUCUUCAAAUUUGUCCAUCCUUGCCCACUUUGGUAUUUGCUGUGUAAUUUAUAUCUUCUUUUAAUGUUUAAACGAUUAUUUUAUGUUUUAUGGCUCAAUUUGCUGGAAGUUCCUACUGUUAGAAUGAUAAAAUUCAAUGAUUUCUUCGUACAUUCAAAUGAUGUUCUGUUAUUCAUAAAAAACAGAAGUCUAAAGCCAAAUCCAAACCGAAACCCAAAGCAAAAGCAGAAAAGGCUAAGAGUAAAAGCAAGAAGGAUUCAGACGAAGAAUCUGAAGAGGAGGAGGAAUCAGAAGAAGAGGAAGAAGAAAUGAGUGAAGGAUCUGAUUCAGAUUGAGGAUAGCCGGAAGCCGAAACUGGAUAAUAAUCUCUUUCAUUGUCAAGAGUAGGAAAAAUCAUUAGCCUAUAAUCUGUAAGAAUAAGUUGUCAUGAGAAGGUACUGUAUAUAAGGUAUAAUUAAAAUUUCAUCCGGUUUUGCCAAUCAGUUAUCACGUGCAAAGAUGUUAAGUAAGAGACAAUGCCUGUUUUCUCGUCUACGCUUCACCCCGCUUCUCUUGUCUUGUUUGCCGCUACCCAAACGCUGUCAUAGAGGGCUUUAGAUUCUAAGACGAGAACGACUACGAGUACGAGAUUUUCUCAAUACUAUGCAAGCGCGUGAACCAGCAUCAUUUUGGCGGGAAAACGCGAUAGCCUUUGUCAUUUUACUACGAGUUUGAGCGAAAAUGUCGUAGUGGCGAGAACAAGUUUUCAAAUGUUUAACGUUUUGUCAUAUUGCGAUCGGGAGAGGGCUUAACCUCCUUCAAUAUAGAUAACAGUGCUAACUUUUCUGGUAAAAUGAAGCUUUCCGGGGUUUCUCUUUUUCGAGAAUACGCGAGAAACCUUUCAGUCAAAUCUCGCACACAUCGUCGUUCUCGUCUUCGAAUCUAUUGGUCUCUUAUACGCCAUUUGCACGAUGACGUCUUUUUACUGCUAAGAGCAGAAUUAAUUCCGUUUUUCCUUUGAUGUUUAAAUUUGUUAAUCUCAGUGAGGUUUAAAUAACAAAAACCCAAAUAUGCACAAGAAAACAAAAUCUUGAAAGGAUUCUGGUAGUGGUAGUAGUAGUAAAAUGACUUCAUCGUGCAAAUGGCCUGUGGAGCCCACUCAUUAUACACUGCACGCGUUGUAUCUCGGGAUGUAUGCUUUUGCAUCUUCCCAUGAUGCCCUCGACUUCAUUCUCCUCGCUCUGCUGGCGCCUGGGGACGAGGAAAAAUAUUGGGCGCAAACAUGACCUUUUGUUUUAGAGUAGAACAACUAUACAAUGUUGUCCGGAGAGAAAAUCUUUCAGCCUAAAGAUAGGCAACCCUUGAUUUGCUUGUGAUCGACCUUUAUAAAUAAAACGACC